GACAAACAAGUGGGACAGUUGCACUCCCAAAUAUUUCUGCAAAAAAUAGAAACUUUAUUAUUUCUGUGCAGAAUUCAAAGAAUACAGAGGAGAAGUGCCAUAGAAGAAGAGGCUAUAGAUUUAAGUGUAUUUUGCUUUGCUCUUAGCCUUUGUGAUUCUGUGAAAGAUGUCUAAGACUCCAUUGAACCAACCCCUUCUCCCAAAAAAUCAUACUGAUGACAAAUUGGCUAUUGAUAAUCCUAAUACUGCCCACCAACUUAGUAAUGAUUCAUGGUUUCAGGUGGGAAUUGUUUUGGGCACUGGUGUCAACAGUGCUUUUGCUCUCGGAUAUGCUGGAAUAAUUAUGGUUCCUCUAGGUUGGAUUGGCGGUGUGGUUGGUCUAAUUUUAUCAUCAGCUAUAUCGCUAUAUGCUAGUACUCUUAUCGCUAAGCUCCAUGAAUACGGGGGAAAGAGGCAUAUCAGAUAUAGAGAUCUUGCAGGAUUCGUAUACGGACCGACAGCCUAUUCGCUUGUUUGGGCGUUACAGUAUGCAAAUCUGUUCUUGAUAAAUACUGGUUUUGUCAUUUUGGGCGGACAGGCCUUGAAGGCUUUCCAUAUUCUCUUUAGGGAUGACCAUCAGAUUAAACUACCAUACUCCAUUGCACUAGCUGGAUUCGCCUGUGUCUUUUUUGCAAUUGCUAUACCCCAUUUGUCAGCUUUAAGGGUUUGGCUUGGGUUUUCAACAUUCUUCAGUCUAGUGUAUGUUUGUAUAGCAUUUGUGUUGUCUCUUAAAGACGGUCUUGAGGCACCUCCUCGAGACUACAGCAUUCCAGGAACCAAAAGUAGUAGGAUUUGGGCAACAAUUGGUGCUGCUGCAAAUCUUGUUUUUGCAUACAACACAGGAAUGCUUCCAGAGAUACAGGCUACUGUAAGAGAACCUGUUGUCAAGAACAUGAUAAAAGCCCUUAACUUUCAGUUUACUUUAGGCAUUGUUCCAAUGCAUGCUGUUACUUACAUUGGAUAUUGGGCUUAUGGAUCCAAUGCAUCUUCCUAUUUGCUGAACAAUGUUUCCGGUCCAGUUUGGUUGAAGGGAAUCGCUAACAUUGCUGCUUUCUUGCAAGCUAUCAUCGCGUUGCAUAUAUUUGCGAGUCCGACGUACGAGUUCUUGGACACAAGAUAUGGAACUAAAGGGAGUGCACUGGCUAUCAAAAACUUGGGAUUCAGAAUUAUUGUUAGAGGUGGUUAUAUAGCCAUUACAACUUUCCUCUCUGCUUUGUUACCUUUUCUGGGAGAUUUCAUGAGUCUAACUGGGGCUAUUAGUGUAUUUCCACUCACAUUUAUACUUCCAAAUCAUAUGUACCUUGUUUCUAGGAGAAAAAAGUUGUCAUUAUUACAGAAGAGUUGGCAUUGGCUUAAUAUUUGUUUCUUUAGUUUUAUAGCAGUUGCUGCAUUAGUAGCUGCAUUGAAGCUUAUUGCAGUUGACUCUAAAACUUACCAUGUCUUUGCUGAUUUAUAAUUUUAUCUUUCAGCAUUGAGGGGGUGAUGUUCUCAUCUUUUGGGAUCGUUUUAUGUAAAUGUAAAUUAUUCAGAUAGAAUAACCUCUUCUGAUUUUAUCCUCAAAAAAUUGUAAAUAUUUAUAUUGA